UAUGGGACCUUCAUGGAGCUGGUGGGCACUAUGGGCUGGAGCAAGUCUCCUGUGGGCUCGGCUCACCCCAACAGAGGCUUCCUGCCAAGGCAUUCAGUGUCCACCUGGGCAGCGCUGCCAGAUGGUGAGUGGGAAGGCCACGUGUGUGCCAGAGCCCAGAGCUGUCUGCCGCGCCCAGGGUGAUCCCCACUACACCACCUUCGAUGGCCGUCACUAUGACUUGAUGGGCACCUGUACCUACGUCUUGACUGAGCUUCGCAGCACCAAGGACUCCUUGCUGGCCUUUAAAGUAGAAGCCAAGAACAAGCACCGGAGCUCCAACAAAGACUCCUACGUGCGCUUGGUCACCGUGCAUGCCUACAACUACACCGUGUCCCUGAUGUAUGGAGAGAUAGGCUUCGCCAAGAUCAACUACCAGUACUCAGUCUUGCCUGUCUCCCUGAGUAAGGGUCGCCUGCGUGUGUACCAGAGUGGAACACGGGGUAUUGUAGAGCUGGACUUUGGGCUGGUGGUCAGCUAUGACUGGGAUUGCCUGCUAAGUCUGAGCCUGCCCAAGCGCUUCCAAGACCAGGUAUCCGGGCUGUGCGGCAACUAUAACGGAGACCCUGCUGAUGACUUCCUCACUCCUGAUGGGAAGCAAGUUUCUGAUGUCCUAAACUUCACCAAGAGCUGGAAAGUGCAAGAUAAAGACCUCUUAUGUGAUGAUGGCUGCUAUGACAACUGUCCCUCCUGCAUCCAAAGCCAGGCCGAGAUCUUUAAGAAAGACCCUUUCUGUGGCAUGCUAAUGCUGCCCUCGGGCCCAUUUGCUGACUGUCAUAAAUUUCUGGACCCCACCACUUUCCUGGAAGACUGUGUGUAUGACAUGUGUGUGACAGGAGGGGAACGUCUCACCCUGUGCCAGAGCCUCAAUGCCUAUGCUCUAGCCUGUGUGGACAAGGGCAUCUCUGUCCGGGAAUGGAGAUCACGAACCAACUGCCCCCUGACCUGUCCCGCCAACAGCCGCUAUGAGCUCUGCAGCCCCGCCUGCCCGGCCUCCUGCAACUCAGAAGCUUUACCGGCCAACUGUUCUUCGCGCCCGUGCGUGGAGGGCUGCGUGUGCUUUCCAGGCUUCGUGGCCAGUCGUGGCCUUUGCAUGCCUGUCUCAUCCUGUGGGUGCACCUUCCAGGACCGCCUGCUGGCCCCGGGUCAAGAAGUGUACGCUGAUGAAAAAUGCCACCUCCGCUGUACCUGCGACGCGGACUUUCAGGAGGUGAUCUGCAGGAACACAUCAGGAUGUCUGCUCCAUGAGCACUGUGGGGUACGGAAUGGCUCCUUCGGUUGCUCCCCGGAGUACUUCCGCAUCUGUCGGGCAUCCGGAGACCCCCACUACAUGAGUCUGGAUGAGCGCAUCUUCAACUUCAUGGGCACCUGCACGUAUUUGUUCACUGCCUCCUGCGGCCAGCACCCGUCCCUUCCCGACUUCAAAGUGUUUAUAGAAAACGAACGCCGAGGAAGUCAAAGCGUAAGCUUUGUGCGUUCUGUGAAGUUAGAGGCCUUUGGAAUCAGUUUGGAGGUGCGCCGGGAAUACCAAGGCAAAGUGCUGAUGAACGGCAUCCUGCACUACCUGCCCUUUCAAGCCCUAGGUGGAAAACUCGUAGUAUUCCGCCAAGGCAAAUACGCUAUCCUACGCACGAACUUCAGCCUGACCGUCAGCUAUAACUGGGACACCCACGUGACCGCCAAGGUGCCCAGCAACUAUUUUAAGGGUGUGUGUGGGCUCUGUGGGAACUUCAACGGGGACCCACGUGAUGACUUGGGUGUGCAGAUUAGAGGAGAAGCCAUUGACCCUCGAGACUUUGGGAAAAAGUGGCUGGUGUCGACACAUCCUGGCUGCAGGACAGACGAGCAACUUAAGUGUCCUAACUUCGAAAAGGAAAUAGUAAAGUCUAUUAUGAAGAAAUGUCAUAUUCUUGGUAACAUAUCCGGGGAGUUCAGGCACUGCUGGACAGUGCCCGCCUUCAACAGUGCCCUCAUAGAGUGUAGGUACGAUUGCUGCCGCAUGCCAGGCCAAACUAAGCCACUCUGCGACUCACUGGCCACAUACACCUCUAUAUGCCAGUCUUCUGGGGUCGCCGUGCUUCCAUGGAGGACUGAGGAUCUUUGCCCAAUGAACUGCCCACCUCACAGCCACUAUGAGUUGUGUCAGCGAGGCUGUCCAUUGACCUGUGGAGACCAGCCGGUGCCUGGAGGCUGUGGCUCAGAUUGUUAUGAGAGCUGUGUCUGUGAUGAGGGCUUUGUCCUGAGCGGUGAGAUCUGUAUACCCCUGUCAUCCUGUGGUUGCGUAUACCAGGGCAUCUACCAUGCGCCAGGAGAUGACUUCUAUCCUGGCCCUGAGUGUAACUCCCUCUGCCACUGUAAUAGGGGCGGCCUGGUGUCUUGUCAGCCCUCAUAUUGUGGCCCACAUGAAGUCUGUAAAGUGAUAGAUGGCAUCCUGAGAUGUGUGGGGGUGGGCUCUGCCACCUGCCAUGUGUCGGGGGCUUCACACUACACUACCUUUGAUGGCCGCCACUUUGACUUCAUGGGCACUUGUGCGUACGUGCUGGCUCAAACCUGCUGGACCCAGCCUGGCCUGCAACCGUUCACAAUACUGCAGGAGAAUGUAGUCCGGGGCGACAAGCAAAUCAGUGUGAUCAAGAUGAUCACCAUCGAGGUGGCCAACUACACCCUGCAGCUGGAGCAGAAUCAGUGGAAGGUCAAGGUGAACGCUGUGUAUAUGAAGAUGCCUGUGUCGCUGGAUGAGGAGAGAGUGCAGGCCUUCCUGCAUGGCACGGAUGUGGUAAUCAAGACCAAAUUUGGCCUGCUCGUGUCCUACGACCUCAAAUACAGCGUGCGCGUCACCGUCCCCCGCAACUACUAUAAGCACAUGUGUGGCCUGUGUGGGGACUACAACAACAACCCCAAGAACGACUUCCAGAAGUCCGAUGGCUCCCAGGCAGGCAGUCCCGGUGAGCUGGGGAAAUCCUGGGAAAAGACUGUGCCGGGUUCCUCCUGCACACCCGGACCAGCCUGCAAACCGGGGCAGGAUUGCACCCCGAAGUGCUACCCAACCCUGGAAAAGAAGUACAGUGGGAACGAGUUCUGCGGACUGCUCACCGACCCCACAGGGCCCCUGGCUGCCUGCCACAAGCUGCUGGACCCCCAGGGUCCCUUGCAAAACUGCGUCUUUGAUCUCUGCCUGGGUGGCGGGAACCUGAGUAUUCUCUGUAACAGCAUCCACGCCUACGUGAGCGCCUGCCAGGAGGCUGGAGGCACUGUCAAGCCAUGGAGAAACCAAACUUUCUGUCCGAUGGAGUGCUCGCCUCACAGCCACUAUGAGGUCUGCGCAGACACCUGCUCCCUGGACUGCUCAACAAUUAUCACUCCCAUAAAGUGCCUGAAGACGUGUUCAGAGGGCUGCGAGUGUGACACUGACUUCCUGCAGAGCAUCACAGCCUGUGUGCCCAUGGAGAAAUGCGGCUGCCACCAUAACGGAGUCUACUAUGAGCCAAAGGAGUCAGUUCUCAUUGAAAACUGCCAGCAGCGCUGUGUGUGCCGUCCGGGCACAGGCAUGGUGUGCCAGAAUCACAGCUGCAAGCCAGGAGAGGUGUGCAAGCCCUCAAGAGGCGUCCUGACCUGCAUCAACAAAGACCCAUGCAAAGGUGUUACCUGUCGGUCCCAGGAAACAUGCGAAGAGAGAGACGGCAAGGGUGUGUGCACAGCCAAUUACGAGUCCAAGUGCUGGGUGUGGGGAGACCCUCACUACCGUUCCUUUGAUGGCCUGAACACUAACUUCCAUGGGACCUGCAGUUACCAGCUGGCAGGAACUGGCUGCCCUGGCAUCAGUGCUGAGGGCUUGACCCCCUUCAGUGUCGUCACCAAGCAUGAGAGCCAGAGCAACCCUACUGUGUCCAACGUGAAGAAGGUCACCGUGACUACCUAUAACACCAGUAUCACUAUCCACAAGAAAAAGAUUGGCAGAGUUCAGGUGAAUGGAGUUCUGAUGGCCUUGCCUGUCUACUUGGCUGAAGGAAGGAUUUCCGUGUUUCAAGGAAGCACAAAGGCUGUGCUGCAGGCUGACUUUGGUCUUCAGGUCACCUACGACUGGACCCGGAGGGUGCAGGUCACACUGCCCAGCAGCUACUAUGGUGCCGUGUGCGGGCUCUGUGGAAACAUGGACAAAAACCCCAAAAAUGACCAAGUCUUCCCUAAUGGCACAGUGGCGCCCUCCAUACCUGCCUGGGGCGGCAGCUGGCAAGUUCCAGGGUGGGAUCCUCUCUGCUGGAAUGAAUGUCAGGGGUCCUGUCCUACGUGUCCAGAGGACCGAGUGGAGGAGUAUGAGGGUCCUGGCUUCUGUGGACGUCUGUCCCGCGACACAGUGGGUCCCUUUGCCAGCUGCCAUUCCCAUGUGCCUCCUGAAAGCUUCUUCAAGGGCUGUGUGCUGGACCUCUGCCUGGGUGGUCAAGUCAAAGACAUCCUAUGCCAGGCACUGGCUGCCUAUGCAGAAGCCUGCCAGGCUCAUAGCAUCAAAAUCGAGGACUGGAGGACUCAGGCUGGUUGUGAGAUCUCCUGCCCUGACAACAGCCACUAUGAGCUCUGUGGCCCACGCUGCCCAGCCAGCUGCCCACCCCCUACACGACACACACCCCCAACUGCAUGUGAUGGGCCCUGUGUAGAGGGAUGUCAGUGUGACCUGGGCUUCGUCCUGAGUGCUGAUCAGUGUGUUCCCCUGGAUGGUGGUUGUGGCUGCUGGGUCAAUGGUACAUACCAUGAAGCAGGCACCAAGUUUUGGACUGAUACCACCUGCUCUAAGAGGUGUCACUGUGGACCUGGAGGUGACUCCUUGAUCUGCACGUCAGCCAGCUGUGGGCUGGGUGAGGAGUGUGCCUUGUUGCCCUCUGGGGAGAUCGGCUGCCAACCUACAAGCAUAGCUGAAUGCCAAAUACUGGGUGAUCCCAGAUAUAUCACCCUAGAUGGGCACCGGUUUGACUUCCAAGGCACCUGCGAGUACCUGCUAAGCGCACCCUGCCAUUCGCCACCCCCAGGCAUUGAAUACUUCAAUGUCACCGUGGCUAAUGAGCACAGGGGCAGCCAGGCUGUCAGCUACACCCGAAGUGUCACUCUGCAUAUCUAUGGCCUCAGUUUGACCCUCAGUACCCAGUGGCCCAGGCAGCUACAGGUGGAUGGAGAGAUGGUAACGCUGCCUUUCCAGCUGCAGUCACUACUACUUGUUCACCUAAGUGGCACGGGCCUGAUAGUACACACCACCUGGGGGCUCUCCCUGGUUUUUGACGGAGACAAUUUCGUGCGCCUGCGGGUACCUGCCGCUUACGCAGGCACCCUCUGUGGCCUUUGCGGGAACUACAACAAGAAUCCCAACGAUGACCUGACCGCAGUGGACGGGAAACCUGAGGGCUGGAAAGUGGGCGGAGCUCCAGACUGCGACCAAUGCCAGCUUAGGCCUUGUCCAAAACCCUGCACACCUGAGCAACAGAAACAUUUUGGUGGCCCCAACGCCUGCGGCAUAAUCACGGCCCCAAAAGGCCCGCUAGCACCCUGCCACAGCCUUGUGCCACCCACGCUGUUCUUCGAGGCGUGCUUGCUGGAUGCCUGUCAGGUUCAGGGACAUCCAGGAGGCCUCUGUCCUACCAUAGCCACCUAUGUGAUAGCAUGUCAGGAUGCCAAGGUCCAACUUGGAGAAUGGAGGAAGCCAGACUUCUGUCCCCUUCAGUGUCCUGCCCACAGCCACUACCAGCUCUGUGGCGACUCCUGCCCUGUGAGUUGCCCAAGCCUCUCAGCCCCCGAGGGCUGUGAAACCACCUGCCGUGAGGGCUGUGUCUGUGAUUCUGGCUUCGUGCUCAGUGGUGACACCUGUGUGCCUCUGAGCCAGUGUGGCUGCCUCCACAAUGGACGCUACUAUGUGCUGGGUACCACCUUCUACCCAGGUCCUGAGUGUGAGCGGCUGUGUGAGUGCGGACCUGGUGGCCAGGUGACCUGCCGGAUAGAGAUCUGCGGGAUCCAUGAGGAGUGCCGGAUAGAGGAUGGCAUCCGGUCCUGCCACCCCAAGAGCUCUAAAUUAAUGCUGGUCCUUCAUGGUAUUCACUACACCACACCCGACGGCUUGGUUUAUGACCUCUAUGGCUCCUGCUCCUACAUCUUGGCGCAACUUUGUUUCCUGAAACCUGGAGAGGAGGAGUUUUCCAUUGUGCUUGAGAAGGACUUGGCUGGAGAGCCCCAGCGGGUGGUGGUUACUGUGGCAGACCAGGUUGUGGUCCUGGCAAAAGGGCCACAGGUGACCGUGGACAGUGAGGUUGUGGCGCUACCCAUAGUCGCAGGAUCCACAUAUAUAACUGCUGAAGGCCGAAACAUAUUUCUGCAGACAAAAAGGGGGCUGAAACUUCUUUUUGAUGGCGAUGCCCAUAUCCUCAUGUCCAUCCCAAGUGCCUACCGGGGACGCAUGUGCGGCCUCUCUGGGAACUUCAAUGGGAACCAGAGUGAUGACUUUGUGCUGCCCAAUGGAGCAAUAGCCCCCAACGUGGAUGCCUUUGGAGCUGCAUGGCGGGUUCCCGGCUCCUCCUUGGGCUGUGGUGAAGGCUGUGGGCCCCAGGGCUGCCCUGUGUGCCUGGCAGAAAAGAGAGAAGCGUUUGAGAAAAAUGAUGCCUGUGGGAAGAUCCGGGACCCCCAAGGCCCCUUUGCAACUUGCCACAAGGUUCUGAGUCCCUUGGAAUACUUCCACCAAUGUGUUUUUGACCUUUGUACCCAUAACGGAGACAACGCCUAUCUCUGCCGGAGCCUGGCAGCCUAUACUUCAGCCUGUCAGGCAGCCGGCGCAGCAGUGAAGCCCUGGAGGACAGACAGCUUCUGCCCUCUCCAGUGUCCUGCCCACAGCCACUACUCAGUCUGCACAUACUCCUGCCAGGGCUCCUGUGCUGCUCUCUCUGGCCUCACUGGCUGCACCACCCACUGCUUCGAAGGCUGUGAGUGCGAUGAUCACUUCCUGCUCUCCCAGGGCGUGUGCAUUCCUGCCCAGGCCUGCGGCUGUGUCCACAAUGGCCAGUAUGUGCCGGUGAACUCCUCCCUGGUGUCCUCAGACUGCAUCGAGCGCUGUUUCUGCUCCCCAAACAAUGGUCUGACGUGUCAUGAAGCUAGCUGUCCAUCUGGCCGCGUCUGUGAGAUCCAAGCAGGAGUCCGGGGUUGUUGGCCAGCCAAAGGUCUCUGCGCCUUCUCUGUGGGUGGCAACUUCACUACCUUCGAUGGGGCUCUCAAUGCCAUCAGCUCCCCCGGUGUCUAUGAGCUUUCUUCUCGCUGCCCGGGACUCCUGAAGAAUGUGCCCUGGUACCGAGUGCUUGCUGAUGUCCAGCCUUGCCUUAACAAUGACAAGAUCGUGAGCAAGGUCCACAUCUUCUUCCAGGGUGGCAUGGUGACUGUGAUCCCAAGCAAGGGUGCAUGGGUGAACGGUCUCCGAGUGGAUCUCCCAGCUACUGUGUUGACCUCUGUGUCUGUGAGGAAGAUGCCAGACGGCUCCAUGCUCAUCCACCAGAAGGCCGGGGUCCAGGUGUGGCUUGGAAAGGAUGGGCAUCUGAAUGUGAUGGUUGGUGAGCAUUAUGCAGCCGUGCUGUGUGGGGCCUGUGGAAACUUUGACGGGGACCGGAGCAAUGAUGUGCGUAAAAAUCAGAAGAAGAUUUCAAUGGAGACGUGGAGGGCACAGGACUUCUCCCCAUGUUCCAAAUGACCAGUCAGCACUGGCACUGAAGACAUCAAGACCUGCCAGAAGUCACAGUGAUUGGAAGAUGCCCUGUGUGUCCCUUCCCUGCCCCUCCCCCUUGCUGAGCCCCUGAAUUCAAACCUGAAAGCAUCGAGUAAAUAUCUUGACCCAGA